AUUUGACCCCGCAACCGGAGUUGUCCGUUAUUAAAAAAAAAUACAUGUAUGUAUAUAUUUGUUUAUUCAUAUUAUAUAAAUAUAUGACUUCAAUAAUAAUAAUAAAGGCUUUCUUCCUUUAUCUAUCUUUUUCCUUUAUCAUUACCAAAAAAAUUUUUUUUUCUUGUUAAACAAUACUAUGUCUUCUACUAAAACACAACUUGAAAAGGUAUCCAUCAUUGGUUCUGGUAACUGGGGUUCUGCUAUUGCGAAAAUUAUUGGUACAAACACAAUGAGACAUUUGGAUCACUUUGAACCCAUUGUACGUCAAUGGGUCUUUGAAGAACAAAUUAAGGGACGAAAUUUAACAGAGAUUAUUAAUGAAGAACAUGAGAAUGUAAAAUAUUUAAAGGGGGUCAAGUUACCUCAUAAUAUCAUUGCUAUACCUGAUCUUGUUACUGCCUGUCAAGAUGCUACUUUAGUUGUCUUUGUAGUGCCACAUCAAUUUAUUCAUGGUGUCUGUGAGAGAAUGAAGGGACAUUUAGCACCUGGUGCUCGCGCCAUCUCCUUGAUCAAAGGUCUCGAGAUUACCCCUGAGGGAACUCGACUCUUCUCUGAAGAGAUUGCUCGUAGCUUAAAUAUACCUUGUGCUGCUCUGAGUGGAGCUAACAUUGCAAAUGAAGUCGCUAUGGAAAAGUUUUGUGAAUCCACAAUUGGGUGUGAAGACAUAGAACAAGGUCUUAUCUUUAAAAGGCUCUUUGAUACACCUUAUUUUCGUAUCAAUGUCAUUCAAGAUCCUAUCGGUGUGCAACUCUGUGGUGCCUUAAAGAAUGUGGUCGCUGUCGGAGCUGGUUUCUCGGAUGGCUUAGGACAUGGCAGUAACACGAAGGCAGCUAUCAUACGCUUAGGUCUCAUGGAGAUGCGUAAAUUUGGUCAAACCUUCUUUGGUGAAAGUGUUCAAACAGAGACCUUCUUUGAAUCUUGUGGGGCGGCUGAUUUGAUCACUACCUGCAAUGGAGGUCGUAAUCGAAAGGUCGCUGAGGCCUUUGUCUUGACACGUAAACCAAUUGAACUUUUAGAAGCUGAGCUCUUGAAUGGUCAAAAACUUCAAGGUACCUUAACUGCACAAGAGGUUAAUCAAUUCUUGAAGGCAAGAAAUAUGGAACAUGAAUUUCCUCUCUUUAGUACUGUUUAUCGUAUCGUCUAUGAAGGCCUUUCUCCUGAAGCCAUCGUCAUCGAUAUUUAAAGCAAAAAAAAGCAAAAAAAAAAAGAAAAAAAAAGAGAGAACAAAUCUUCUUUUAGUUUUUAUUAUUGUCAAG